UUUAAAUUAAUGAAUUACGAUGGUCCACCUGUACUCUUGUACCAUAGUAACAUUUUCCUCUUUUAUCGUAUUUUUAUUUUAAUAUCACCACGCCUUCAAACGAAACGCAUCGUUCUUCCCCAGAAACCCUAAUGUCAUUCCUUGAAGAAUUUCAAGCCAAUUUGGAUUCACUGCCUAAUAUUCUUCAUAAGAAGUAUGCCUUAUUGCGUGACCUAGAUAAAAGUUUACAAGAUAAUCAAAGGCAAAAUGAACAGCGUUGUGAGCAAGAAAUUGAAGAUAUUAGGCGAGGAGUUCGGUCUGGAAACAUCGCACCGGAUACCUCUGUUAUUAGAUUCUCUGAUGAAGCACUUGAUGAACAAAAGCAUAGCAUCAGGAUUGCUGAUGAAAAAGUCGCCUUGGCUGUCCAGGCAUACGAUUUGGUAGAUACUCAUAUACAACAACUUGAUCAAUAUCUGAAAAAGUUUGAUGAGGAGCUUCGGCGUGAAAGAGAAAAUGCUGCAAUAACUGGAGCGCCUACUUCAAGUCCUGAUGGAAAUACAAAAUCUGGAAAAGAAGGCGGUAGAGGAGGCAGAAAAAAAACUCGCCAAGCAGCAUCUGUCCAAACUGCAACAGCAGCGGCAAUGGCAGCAGCAACAGAAGCUCUAGCCACAUCUGCAAAUCCUACUGGCAUGGAUUUAGAUUUACCAGUUGAUCCAAAUGAACCCACAUACUGCUUUUGCAACCAAGUUAGCUAUGGAGAAAUGGUUGCCUGUGAUAACCCUGAUUGCAAAAUAGAGUGGUUUCAUUUUGGCUGUGUUGGCUUGAAAGAACAACCAAAAGGAAAAUGGUACUGUUCAAGUUGUGCCGCAACAAGAAAUCGCCGGAGAGGCAAAUGAGUUUGGCAGAAUAAUAAGAUCAAUGUUAGACUUGUUCAGUGUAAUUCAUAAUAUUUUUAAUUAUUUUAUAUAGUGUAGUUAUUUUGUUUGAUUUAUCUGGGCCUUGAAACUUUACUUAUGUAGUUGUGAUUGCUGGGAAAUUUUGAAAUUAUAAAUUUCCGAAGAUUUACUGUGUACUUUAGUAUGGUGCCUCUCUAAACCAUCAAAUGGCUCUUUGCUCUCA